CCCCAGCUCACACUAACACUACGCAAUGGACCUCUCCCAAAUCCCCAAUGGCGAGUUCGUCAUCUAUGGAACACUCACGGUGACCCCCGGCACAGAAACGCGAGCCGCCUCUUUGAUCACCCAAAUCGCAACGCAGGUCAAAUCCCACCAGGGCACGGUCUACUACUGCAUCACGCAGGACCCCGCGAACCCGCGCCUGUUCCACCUCUUCGAGAGAUAUACGGGGAAAGAUGCGUUUGUGGAACACGCUCAGCUCCCGCUUGUGAAGGAGCUGUUUGGGAUUGUGGAUGAUUUCAGGCCUGUUUUUGUGGAGGUUGCGCAGAAAGCUUGAGGGGGUCUUAAGAAUUCGAAUACAUACUAGGCGAUGAUGUUGACUUGGGUGUUGCCUGAGAUAGUUGUUGGGUAUAUUGUCGACCUUUCCAAGGUUAUGCGUCCUACUUGGUGAUUAUUCAUCGUCACUGCUCAUUCAACUAAUCGUGGAUCCACCUUUUCACUAGCCUUACGAGUAGACCCUGUCUUAUAGAUUGCAUAUAAGAGUAUUAGCAC